AAAUACGGAUUUGAUCCAUGUUUGAUCUUUUCUUAAUUUUAUCCUGACCGGAUGUCAUCCAGCAUCACAGCGCGCGACAGUUUGACUGCAGCAGAAAAAAAUAGACGAAUAAAUCUGUAUAUUAAGCAAUUCCUGGACAGAGGAACUGUUUAAAAACAAAAUUAUUCUAGAAAAGACAGUACCAUUUACAUUAUGUUUUACAAAUGGACAGUGAUGAGGAUUAUGAAAUGAAUUCAUCAGGCGAGGAUUUUAACCAUAGUCACCAUUUUACUGAGGAGGAUUUAUUAGACAGUCUAUUUCUAACAUGUGACGUAAAGAAAGCAGGAGUUGUACCUGUUUCUAAUUUGAUUGAAUAUCUUAAAUUCACAUCUAGUGCAAUAAGUGAGAGGGAUGAUGACUUACAGAAUUUGGAACAUUUGUUUAAUGAAGGCGGAGAUGAAGUUAAUAUUGAAACUUACAGACAAGUAAUGUACCAUUGGAUUGAUGCUAUUCGGAAGCGAAGUGAGAAUGAAUCUAGCCAAGAAGAUGGUUUGGAAAGAAGAUCAAACGGUCCUUUAUGUUUAUCUAAAGAUAUUUCGAUUUUAAGAGGACUCAACAUGGAUUCAUCUAUUGUUGAUACAUUUGGCACAGAUUUUGACCCUGUAGAUCAACAAAAUACUAUAGAAGACCUUCAGCACCAGAACAGAAAACUAACAGAGGAAAACACAAAGCUAAGACAACAGAUUGAUGUACAAGACGAUAUUGUUACCACAAACCAAAAUGAAAUCGAUAAAUUACACAAAAAGGUUAAAAGCUUACAACAGACUGCUGAUUCUAAACAUGAAACGAUAGCAGAGAAUGAAGAAUUAAAAUCAACAAUCUCAAAAUUACAAGAAAAGAAGAAAGAUUUAUCAACUAAGAUAACACAGAUUGAUAAGGAGAAUCUCAGUUAUGAAAAUCAAUGUUCUGACCUUCAAUUAAAGUUAAUUGAAUUAACAUCACAAUUGGAAAGUCUUACAUCCGCGAAAGAGUUAUUAAAUAAAGAAGCAGCAGAGUACAAGCAUGAGCUGGUCCAUGCUAGAGAUCUUAAAAGUUUACAAGAAAUUCAACUCAAUGAAAGAUAUUUAGAAGUCAAUUCUCUUAAGAAACAGCUUGAAGAUCUCUGUGUACAGCUCAAGGAUUAUAAAAAAGAAAAUGAUGAAGUGAAGUUUGAAUUGAUGCAGUCCAAACAGGACAUUACAAGUUUCAGUCAUAUGCCCUCAGAAUCUGGAGAUGGUGUAGAAGAAAUGAUUUCCAAAGCUGCUGGCAGCUUUGUAUGCAGUACCCCCAUGCGACAUAGUCAGUCACUGUGUAUGGAACUAAAAGGAAUGUUAGGAUCAGAUAAACAUUUGCCUUCACCAUUGUGUCCAAAGGAAUAUCACAAGGAGUACAGAAUGGACUUACUUCCUGUGUUUGAUGAAGAAGAUGAAGAUUGUAAUCCUGAAGAUGAUACAGAUAAUCAGUUAGCUGCAGAUAUAUCCAGCUUUACUGAGAAAUUCAAACAUAAACAGUCAGAACUUUUGGCAGAGAUUGACAGUUACUUCAGACAGGAUAAUGAGGAAAAUCAAACAUCCAAGGAAAGCUUACAUUCCAGUUUACAGAAAGAACUAACUGAGAUGACGGAACAAAUGGCAUCAUUAGCAAUUGCUAAAGAUACUGUUGAUAAAAGAGUGAACCAUUUGAGUAAAAGCAUGAAGAAAAUAAGAGAUGAGAAUGCUAUGUUGAGAAGAGUGCAGCAUGAUUCUAGAAGCAUGUUGGUUGAAUGUGAUCGAGACCUACAGAAUGUUGUUGAUAGAAGACUACUAAUACUCAAGGACAACUUGGACGAGGAGAAAAAUCUGGUUAAACGCUUAAAGAAAGAGCUCGAAGAGAAAAGUAAGACCAUUCUAAAGCUUGAAAGUUUGCAGACCUUGGAUAAAACAGAGAAACAUAAAGAAGAAAUCAAUGUCUUAAAGAGAACUAAUAUGGAGCUGUUUGAUAAAUGUGCCAAAUCUGAAGGUCAGAUAAACUGCCUACAGGAUGAUAUGAGAAAGAGCGAAAAAGAUGUGGAGAUAGAAAAACUACGAUCCUAUGAAUUAGAGGAGAAUCUGUAUUCCAAUAAACUUUCCAGACAAAUGGAUUUAAAGGAGAUAUGGAGAAUAGUACAAAAAGAUAUAGAGAAUGAAUGUCAGGAUGAAAUCAGUUUUGAGAAUGAGAUGAAUGAUUCAGCAGAUACAAUCAAGAGGAGAAUAUUCAAUGAAAUUCUGGCCCUUAAAUCUGACCUUCAUCUGACAAAGUCAACAUUUGAGCUGAACAAGUCCAAGAAAAAAGAAUCCUCUUUACGUAAAUGUAGCUGUUUUGGGACAGGUAGUUCUGCAAGCUCUCCACUUGUAGAGGCACUUACAAUAGAUUUCUUUAAUGGAAACAGACCAUUACCUCAAAUAUUAACUGAUAGCCCUAGUUUAAACAAAGAACAAUCUAGUAGAGAGAACUUGAAUGACAUGAACGAUUGUAGCUCAGUAAGCACUGAAAAUACUGUUGUUAGGAAUCGUCUUCUUUCUCAAAACUCCAGUACUGAUGGCAUUUUAGAAUUUGAUUGUCGUUCCGAAAGUGAUACAAACAUUGAUAUUAAUGAAAACGAGGACAGUUUUGUUUCGUUAGAAGAUUCUAUGACAAGCAGCUUGAGAAGGCUCAGUUACCAAGCUGCAAUCGACGAUUCUAAGGAAUCGGAUAAAACUGAUGUUGUAAUUGGAUCAACAGAUUCAGAAUCUGCCAUUGAUUUGAUCGAGAGUCAAUCUAAUUGUGAUGUGGCAGCACAGCCACAACGUCGGCUAAGUAGUGGAUGUACUUUAAUGGGGGAUGACGUUUAUCUUGGGGAUAAUAUCGACACAAGCAGCAAGGGAGUAGAGGAUUAUUGUUGGAAAGAUAACAUGGUGGUUUUCGAUGAAGAUGUUUCGUACUCAAGUUACAGCUUUUCGCACUUGUCCUAUCCAUUCCAGCCGCUUAGACAGGAUGUUUUCAGAGAUGAAGAUUCCCACAAUGAAGAAGAACCUUCUUUAAAGCAGUCAGUUGAUAGUAUCUCCUAUAGUAAAGAGGAGGAGGAGGUUAAGGUACCAGAUUCUGUGAUAAGGGAACCAGAUCUGUGUAUUGAAAAUCAAGAUUCUAGUAGUAAUGACUCAGGCUUGUCAUUGACCUCAGCUCUAACUAACAAACUUGAAAAGCUGACUUUAGAAGAGCCAGUAGAAAAGGAAGAGUGUGAGGUGGAUGGGUUAUCUCCCAUUGAGGGAAUGAAAAUGGAACAUACAGAUAUGAAAGUCACAAGUUCACAGUUAUCUCAAAUUAGACAGAACAAUUUGGCUAGACGCAGGGAACAAAUGAAGCAUAUAGCUGUCAUGCCUGAUCUGAAAGAGUCACGUGAAUCAAUGAUGAGUGGUGAGGACAUAUUACAGUCUGAGGAACCAAAACCUCCUGAAGAGAAAGAGGAUGAGGAGCCUCCAGCUGAGGUAGAGAAGGCUGUGUUACCAAGUGUUCCGGAUACAUUCCUCAAGAAGCUCGGUCUCAAGUUCAAGAAGAAUGAAAAUAUAGCUAACAGUAUCCACCAGUUAACAGAAUCUGAAAUAGAGAAUAAGUUUACCAGUCUUUCAUUAGCCUUCAAAACAGAUAAAUUGACUUUAGAGAAAAGACUAGAAAUACAAGAAAGAUACAGAGAUUUAUCAGAACAAAAUGUUGACAAAGAAAUUAAAGGUCUUAGGACCUCUUUGGAGACUAUCAGCCAGUUACCAGAAUGUGUCGAUUCCCAAGUACAAGAUGUAUUGAAGAAGAUCAGACGACAUAUAGAUGUACUGGAACAGACAUCAACAAAAGUUUCCAGUAGGGCAGAAGUAUUUGGUGCUGUUCAACAAGAGAAAAGAAUGAGCAAAGCAAUAGAAGUGAUGAUAGCUCAUGUUGAAAAUCUAAAAAUGGCGUAUGAACAAGAACAUAAGGAACUUGAAGAAGCUAGGAAACUUAUUCAGGAUGGUCGCCCAUUUGGACACACUUUCGAUUCAGAUUCUUCUGGAUUUGCUUCACGGAGGUCUGCAUCAGUUUGUCAAGGAAUUGGUGUAACAAAAACUGCCCGGCGGAGAGUGAGCGAGAGUACUGGUCCAAGAGUAGGAUCUAAUGGAACAUUAUCACAUUCUAUGUCCCUGGACUUGAUUGAUACCCGGUUGGGACUCAGGAAAGAUCCACGGGAUGACGAGGAUGCAAAGUCAAAGUUCCAGAAUGUUAUAGCAUCAACUGUGAUGAAAAAUUCAGUGACCAGUUCAUUGAGGACAAACUCUACCGACAGACUAUCUCUCAGUUCUAGAGAGCCAUCUACAGAAGGAGAGAGGUCUUUAACAGUUACAAAACAGAAUUCCAAAGAAGAAGAGGCAUUUCAAAAAGGAUUUGAGCAAGGCUACAAAGCCCUAGUUGGACGAGAUUUGGCUAAUCUAAGAGAACAACAGAACAAUGUCAGUAACACACUGGAGAACAUCAUGGAUGAAGUGGAACAGGAUACAGAACAAGAGGAAAAGAAUUUAUCAGAAACAAUUAAGGAAAAGUUUUGGGAGAAUGUGCCAUCAUGGGACGUUGCAAGCAAGAAACUCAGAAUGACCAUGGCUGGUUUCGUGUUCUUUAUGGCAUUAUGUAGUAUUGUGUUGUCCUUCUUUCCUUAUGGACAAGCAGCUAUGCAAGUACAACCCCAGUACAAACACAUGGGACAGCCUCCAUCAUGAAUCAAAUCAAGAGAACUCUGGUAUUACAUUGUUGAUGGUUUUUAUGCAUAUCUGUUAUGUAGCAACUUUGGGAAAUUUUAGAUGGUUGCGUUUUAGAAGACGCUAUUUGAUACCUCAUUUCCAAAUUUAAGGGCAUUUUGAUUUUAUUUUUGGUAUCAGUUUUAAAGAAUAUGUAUGUCUCCCUCCAAUCAGUGCCACGUCUAGGGUUUUCAAAAGGAGCUAGUUAAUUGUUAUUUAUUACUGUUAACUUAGAACCCUCAUCUUGUUCCAAAAGUUUUUUUAAAAGCUGUUAAAUAAUUUUCCCUGUAUACAAAUGUGUUUGAAAAAAACAUUAUACACAAUAAAAUUAUCUGUAAAAUUUUUGUAUCAACAAACAUGUCCCCAUUGAUUUAUAAUUAGAUUUUUAUUUUUUUAUAAUGUUGAUGGUUUUUUUCAUUUAUCAGGAAAUAUCUUUGAUUAAAAAUAAUUUGUGACAAAAUUAAUUUUAUUGUCAUUUUAUUUUUUAAAGUUAAUAAAUGUGAACUAAAAGGUGCUCUUUUUUUUUAAAUAGUUAACAUAAAAAUCAUUAAGGUAACAUAGAUGAGGGGGGGGGACACCUAUGGUGAAUUUUUGGUGAGAUAAAACGAGUAAAUUCUUAAACAAUUUUUAAUUACUUUUUGGACAUAUACUUCUCAUAAUUUUUUAACUAAAUAUGAAAUAAUUUUAUUAACAAGAUUGAAAAACCAUAUAUUACCAUUGGAAGUUGUCAUUUAUUUCUUGUUUAUUUUUUUUAUUGAUGUUUAAAAAUUAAUGAUUUAUUUAAUUGAAGAAAUCCUUAAAUAAGAAAUUAAGAUCUGUUUAUAUAUUUAAUAGCAUAAUCAGAGAAACUGUCAUAAUUCCAAUGGUCAGCCAAAUAAAGGAUGGAGACGGUCAAGUUUUGAUAUUUUUAUAAUUUUUUGUAAUUGUGAAUAUUUUAAUGUUCAUGUCUCAAAUGAGCUGCGUCGAAUAGAAACAGACCUUUUGGAAUUCAAUAUCAUGAUAAAUAUGAAAUAACUUAUUUAAAGUUAUUUCGGGUUGAAAAUAUCUAAAUACAAAGUAUGCAACUGUUUGAAAAUUGAGUUGAUAUUAGAACCCUACAAAACUGAUAUUGAACUUUGAUUACAUAUUUUAAUGUUCCGAAAUCAAUCAAAAUCUCAUACUGUGGAUUCAUUUAUUUUUGUGGGUACCAAUUUUUCGUGGAUUAAGAAAAACUUGCAUAUUCGUGUAUAUUUAAUUUCGUGGUUUUGCUGAAGUCUGCAUACAAACCUAUAGAAAAGUUAUCAUUCAUUGAAUAUUUAAUUUCCUGGUUUGACUGUGCCCACGAAAAUCCAUGAAAAUUGGUAUUCAACGAAUAAUAAUGAAUCCACAGUAUACACUUAAGUUUGAUUUCUAUACGAAGCAGCUCAAAUGUUAUCUGUUUCAACAACUGUGAUAAGUAUUUUAUUUUUCGAGGUUCUAUAGAAGCUGGUUUAAUAUAGUGAUAUUUUUUUUAAGUAAUUGAUAGGUUUUGAAUGACUUAAUUUGAAAUAUGAGUUAUUUCCCUUAUAUACCAUUGUAAGAAAUAUACUUGAUUUUCUCAUUUGAAACAUGGGAAACACACAAGUCUGAAAAAAGGUCCUUACAUGAAAUAAAAAAAAAUCAGAAAAAAUCCUUUUCUAAAGUCUAGCAAACCAUAUAACUAGCUUAAUUUUUACUGAUUAUAAAUGAAGGAUUUUGCC